CUCUCACUACUGCCGCACACGCGUCUCCUUUCUCCCUUGUCUGUCUGAGAGGCAGUCUUUUGAACCCCAGCUGAAGAAGAAAUUAGAUAUAAUGGCACAACCCCAGUCUCGCUGCUGAAAGAUGCAGGUGCACUUUUCUGUCAUCCAAGAUGGAGGGAUAUUGAAGAGAAGAAAAGAAAAGAAGGGGAGAAGAGAAUGAGGUGUUCUGCUUAUCAAGCUGGAUUUAUAGACUACCUGUUUCUCAUUUAGAGAGUAGGAGAGCUGGCUACUGAAAAGGCCGUUAGCAGACGCUGUGACUAACUCUCGGCAGUCUACCAAGGAAACAGUGGCUGUACUAAUGAACUCUACAAGGACAAGAGAAGCAUCCUUCCAAAUCAUAACAAAACAUUUUCCCCCAUUGACCUCAGUCAAUCAUUUAGAUGUCCUUGUUGCAUUUGCGUUGAGGGAACACAGAGCUAACUCCGCCUGAGUGAACGUAUCCGGGGCAACCAAUCUCGUGUUGAGAGAAGCAAACUGGGUACCCACAAUCCUUCAGCCAUGAGCGCCUCAGUGAUGACGAGCGGCCUCUUUCCCAUGUCCUUUCCUGUGUCCUCUGCGCUGAUGAGGUCCGCGGUGGCGGCCCAGGAGCCAUGCCCUACCAUGGACCAGGCCCCCAUCCAGAGGGGCGAGAAGGAGAGGGUUGUUUGUAAGAGCCAGCAGCAGGCCUCCUUGUCCCGCCUGGUGGAACAGUUCUUCUGGAUUGGCAGCAGCAUAUUGUCCUUCUCCAAGUGGAGGCUGGGAGACAUGGUGGAGAAAUGCAUGAGCUCCAUGCAGACAGGGACCCAGAUGGUGAAGCUGCGUGGAGGCUCCAGGGGACUGGUGCGUUACUUCUACCUGGACCAACACAAGUCCUGCAUCCGCUGGCGGCCCUCGCGCAAGAACGAGAAGGCCAAGAUCUCCAUCGACUCCAUCCGAGAGGUGUGCGAGGGUAAGCAGUCGGAGAUCUUCCAGCGCUACUCUGAGGGCAGCUUUGAUCCCAACUGCUGUUUCAGCCUGUACUACGGCGAGCGCUUGGAGUCCCUGGACUUGGUCUCCAGCACGGGCGAGGAAGCACGCACCUGGAUCACCGGCCUCAAGUACCUGGUGGCAGGCAUCAGCGACGAGGACAGCCUGGCCAAGAGGCAGCGCACCCGCGACCAGUGGCUGAAGCAGACGUUUACGGAGGCAGAUAAGAACGGCGAUGGAAGCCUGAGCAUCAGCGAGGUCCUGCAGCUCCUCCACAAGCUCAACGUCAACCUACCCCGCCAGAAAGUUAAGCAGAUGUUUAAGGAGGCAGACACUGAUGACAACCAGGGCACCCUGGGUUUUGAGGAGUUCUGUUCCUUCUACAAGAUGAUGUCGACGCGCCACGACCUCUACCUGCUCAUGCUCACUUACAGCAACCACAUGGACCACCUUGACACCAGCAACCUGGCCCGCUUCCUGGAGCUCGACCAGAAGAUGACGAAGGUGACCAAAGACCAUUGCCUUGAGAUUGUGAACAGAUUUGAGCCAUGCCCCGAGAACCAGAAGCAGGGGGUUCUGGGUAUUGAUGGUUUCACCAGCUACAUGCGCAGCCCAGUGGGGGACAUCUUCAACCCAGAGCACAAUGUGGUGACCCAGGACAUGUCUCAGCCGCUCUGCAACUACUUCAUCGCCUCGUCCCACAACACCUACCUGAUGGGGGACCAGCUCAUGUCCCAGUCCCGCCUCGACAUGUACGCCUGGGUGCUGCAGGCCGGCUGCCGCUGCGUGGAAGUGGACUGCUGGGACGGGCAGGACGGAGAGCCCAUUGUGCACCACGGCUACACGCUGACCUCCAAGAUCCUCUUCAAAGACGUCAUCGAGACCAUCAACAAGUACGCCUUUGUGAAAAACAACUACCCAGUGAUCCUGUCCAUAGAGAACCACUGCAGCGUCCCCCAGCAGAAGAAGAUGGCCCAGUACCUGGUGGAGGUGAUGGGAGACAAGCUGGACCUCUCAGCCAUCAAGGCAGACGAACAGGGUCGCCUGCCCUCCCCAGACACCCUCAAAGGGAAGAUACUCAUCAAGGGCAAGAAGCUCCCGUCGAACAUUGACGAAGACAACGAAGAGGGUGAUGUGACGGAUGAAGACAGUGCUGACGAGAUGGAGGACGACUGCAAACUGAUAAAUGGAGAUACGUCCAUGACCAGGAAGCAGGUGGAGAACGUGGCUAAGAAGAAGCUGGACAACCUGAUGAAGGAGUCUAAGAUCCGUGACCAGGAGGACCCUGACAGCUUCACCAUCGCUGCCCAGCCCCCCUCGGGAAAGACCACCGACAAGUCACCCUCCAAGGGGGACGAAGCCAACCCCAGCACUAACAAGCGUCUGGGCAGGACCUUCAUGGGCAGCUUCUCCAAACGCAAGAAAAAGGCUGUCAAGCUGAAGAAGACCAACAGCCUUGAAGACACCGACACGGACCAGGAGAGCACCAGCAGUGCCUCCCGCGCCCCCCUGCACCACAGCAGCAGGAAGAAGACCAUGAAGCUGACCAGGGCUCUGUCAGACCUGGUCAAAUACACAAAGUCAGUGGGUGUCUCCGACAUAGAGAAACAAGCAGCCAGCUCCAGUUGGCUGGUGUCUUCUCUGAGUGAGACCAAGGCCCACCAGAUCAUGCAGCAGAAAGCCGCCACCUUCAUCCACUUCAACCAGCGGCAGCUCUCGCGCAUCUACCCCUCCUCCUACCGCGUGGACUCUUCCAACUUCAACCCCCAGCCCUUCUGGAACGCUGGAUGCCACCUGGUGGCGUUGAACUACCAGUCGGAGGGGAGAGUGCUCCAGCUGAACAGAGCCAAGUUCAGUAGCAAUGGCAACUGUGGCUACAUCCUGAAGCCGGCCAGUAUGUGUGAAGGUGCCUUUAACCCCAUGAUAGAGGACCCAUUUCCAGGGCAGGUGAAGAAACAACUGGUGCUGAAGAUCAUCAGUGGGCAGCAGCUGCCAAAGCCCAAAGACUCCAUGCUGGGGGACAGAGGAGAGAUUAUCGACCCCUUUGUGGAGGUGGAGAUCAUUGGUAUACCAGUGGACUGCUGUAAGGAACAGACCAGGGUGGUGGACGACAAUGGCUUUAACCCCAUGUGGGAGGAGACCCUGGUGUUCAUGCUGCACAUGCCCCAGCUGGCGCUGGUCCGUUUCCUGGUGUGGGACCACGACCCCAUCGGCCAGGACUUCAUUGGCCAGCGCACCAUCGCCUUCAACAGCAUGAUACCAGGUUAUCGCCACGUGUACUUGGAAGGUAUGGAGGCGGCAUCCAUCUUUGUUCAUGUGUCUGUACAUGACGUCACUGGUAAGGGCAAGGUGGCCAGCGGCAUCAAAGGGCUGUUUCACAGAAACCCAAAGCAGGCUUCUCUCGACAGCCAUGCUGCUGCACAGCUUAGCCAUAAGCAACCGUUCGGCGCCCACCUGCUGCGCCGCACGGCCAGCGCGCCCACCAAAGUCCAGCCCAAGGUCAAGAAGGGCUUCCCCGAGAUCGCCAUCGACACCAAAGACUACCGCUCAGAAGGCACCAGCGAGGACCGGGAGUCAGAGGACAGGGACCUCAAUGCUUCCUCCCAGCCCCCGCUGCUCCACCAGCACAACUGGGACACCACGGCUGGCGCUGCCCCCACCGCAUCACGCCAGGGCACCAACAAGCACCACGGCACCAACAAGGCUUUCCACCCCAACGAGGGAAAAGACCAUUCCACAGUACAGAGACCAGCUCCCCCUAUUCGACUGCUCGCACCAAUCGCUGAUGAACUGGGGGACCGCCAUCUCACUCACUCCUCUUCCACUCCAGCAGACUACUCAUCCACACACAAUCUCACUCACUCCUCUUCCACUCCAGUAGACCACUCAUUCAUACGUCACUCCCCACCUCCACCGCUCCCUACAUCCACAGCAAUCACCAUCUUCACCCUAUCCCCUGCUUCUAAGAGUGAGGCGGACAGUUCCGUCAACGGUAGGGGGGAGGAGGGUCCCGUCAACGGUAGGGGAGAGGAUGGUCCUGUCAACGGUAGGGGGGAGGAGGGUCCCGUCAACGGUAGGGGAGAGGAGGGUCCUGUCAACGGUAGGGGGGAGGAGGGUCCCGUCAACGGUAGGGGAGAGGAGGGUCCCGUCAAGGGGGGGGACAACAACAAGAGACCCCCUGCCCUUCACAGGACCACCUCGGCCCCCGUGGUACCCACCCCCGGGGUGGGACCUGACCCCAAAGACCUGAACCCCUCACAGUACAGCAGAGACCCCCGGGUCGACGAUGGCACCUCGUCACCCAUGGAGCACGCUCCAAGCCGAGCGGAAGCACCGUAUACUCAUUCAGAGUACACAAAGGACGAUGCAGAGCUCAAGACUGAGCCAAGCGCAGAGUCUCCUGUUCCUCUCGCCGACCCCUCUGUAGACUCCAGCCCUCUGGAAGUCCAGGCCCUGAGAGCGCUGUUUGGCGGCAGCCCGAAGAACACGCCCGUCAGAAGGACCAAAAGUGAGGGCCACGUGCGGGCGGUUGCAGUGGGGCAGCAGCAGUCAUCAGCCAUGCCAGAGGUGUGCACCGACGCCACCCUGAACGACCGGCUGUGGAGCAAGCUGGAGCCCAAGCCAGGCAGCCACCGAGACAGCGUGUCCUCGUCCUCCAGCAUAUCGUCCAACGACACCGUCAUUGACCUGUCCCUGCCCAACCUGGCCAGGAAGACCCUCACCUGUCUGAGCAGCGGACCCUCCCUGGGCGACGACAUCUUCCCGGACCCACCCUCCUGGGUCAACCGGCCACGCUCGGCCAUUGCCUCCUUCGACACGCCACGGGUCAGCAAGAGCAAGUCCAACCCCAACCUCCUGCAGGGCCACCUGGGGGAGCCAGAGGACGAGCUGCAGCCCAGGCCCCUCGGCGCCCCCAGGGAGCCUCCAGUGGACUCACCCAGCAGAAUAACCCAGAGGAGGCACACCUGGAGCCGCCUCUACAUGGAAGGGCUGAAGCAAUCCUCCCCCCCAGCCAAGAAGCCCUCUGCAGUAGCAGCCCUUGCUGCUUCCGCCACCAGCCCCCUGGAUACCGGGGCCUCUAUGUCCAAGAGCCUGGGGGACUUGACCUCGGAUGACAUCGCCUGCAACUUUGACAGCAAGUACCGCAGCAUCAGCCGCAGCUUCAGCAUUAGGCCUUCCCGGAAUGACCCGCGGCGGGGUUACCCUAACCCCCAGAGGCCCCGGCUGCCCAGCGACCUGACUGAGCAGCUGAGGAGGCUGACGGACGUGGAGCCCCUGACGGCUCGCGACUUCGCCCCCCAGGUGCAGCAGGGGCCCCUGGCGGAGGCUCAGGAGGAGCCCCCGCUACGGAGGACGUCGUCCCGGAGCCAGAGCAGGGUGCGCUACAUCGCCAAAAGGGCCAAGCAGGCCCAAGAGAGGCAGAGGCUGCAGGGUCUCAACCAGCCUCACCCCGCUACUGGCGCUGCUAACACUAGCAUUAGCGGUGGCGGUAGCCCCAUGGAGGAGCGGGGGAACCCGGAGGGGGCGUGCUGCGUAGCCCGGAGCCCCUGCGCUAGCCUGGACCUGCUGAGCCAGCUCAGCCCCCCAGGGCCCCCCAACAGACAGUCCCAGACAUCCCUGAACUCUGACAACGACGAGGUCUUUUUCAUGCUCCAGCUCUGAGAAUCAGACUCGUUUUGGAAUGAAGCGUGUGAGACACUGAAGCAAAACUCAUUUAAAAUUCCAUCCAGCUUUCUAGGAAGGUAAAUUGUUAAUUUUUAAAUAAAUUAAAUUCUGUAUAUCUUGACAGGUUGUGUUUUUAAAUGUAUUUAAUCAAGCAGAAUAAUGCUACUUCCAGAAAUGUACAGUCACAGUUUUACUCUGGUCAAUGUGUUCACUGCUCAGUUACUCACAUCAACUAUGAACACCUAUACACAGCAAGCGCUUAGCUUGUCACAAAGGAUGUACAAGUAAUUUUUUACCACAAUGGUCACAACAAACACCAAAUAAUUGCUCACAAAUAAUAGAAACAGCGAUGAGUUGUCUUAUGAAAGCAUCCUUUACCGAUGCAGUCAUUUGUUUGCACCAAAUGAGGAACGGUGGAAUGUGAUUGGAAAAGCAAACCUUCACUGUAGUUUUUAUAUGCCUGACUGUCUAGGUUCAAAGUAACGUCCAUGUUUUUAUAUGCCUGACUGUCUAGGUUCAAAGUAACGUCCAUGUUUUUAUAUGCCUGACUGUCUAGGUUCAAAGUGUGUCCAUGUUUUUAUAUGCCUGACUGUCUAGGUUCAAAGUAACGUCCAUGUUUUUAUAUGCCUGACUGUCUAGGUUCAAAGUGAUGUCCAUGUUUUUAUAUGCCUGACUGUCUAGGUUCAACGUGAUGUCCAUGUUUUUAUAUGCCUGACUGUCUAGGUUCAAAGUGACGUCCAUGUUUCUAUAUGCCUGACUGUCUAGGUUCAAAGUGACGUCCAUGUUUCUAUAUGCCUGACUGUCUAGGUUCAAAGUGACGUCCAUGUUUCUAUAUGCCUGACUGUCUAGGUUCAAAGUGACGUCCAUGAUUCUAUAUGCCUGACUGUCUAGGUUCAAUGACUUAUGUUUUGAGUAUUCAUUGUGAUUUGAGCUGAUCCUAAAGUAGCAAUAUAUGACCAUUAGUGGAGUUUUCCAAUUCUAAAACCUUUUUUUAAACUUAAUAUUAAAUGAUAUAUACUGUACUUUUAAAACGUAAAGAGAUGUUCCGGAGCUUUUGUAUACUUUUUAGCCAGUAGUUCUGAAAGUAGCGCUCACGAGCCAAAAGUGGUCCCCGAAAAUUGCGUAC